UUUUACUCCAAUCCUACUUUCCGUCAUUCAGUCAACAUGAUUCCAUGAUUCUAUUGUGGUUAUGAUGUUAGAAUGGGUUUUAUCACAACGAGUAGGUUUCCGACCCGAAAUUUCCGGAUGUUCCAUUUUUGGCCAAAAGGGGCGUGUCUCUGGCCGCCGGAUGAGAUCCAUCUAUGGGAGUGACCUGACCGGAAUUCCUGAUUUCGGAGUAGGAAAGUUAUCUGCUCGUUUCUCCUCAACCUGCAGAGAACCUGCGCAAAACCCAAACAGCCAAAGUGAGGAGGCAAACCUCCCACUCACAAACACACUAACCGAUGCGACCUGAAAUGUGCACAACUAUAAAAACCUGAAGCUAAAGAACGACUGAUGUGCAUUGAUCCCCAGUCGUGUCCCAGCGCGUGCCUCCUAUUAGUCGCCCAACCUUCUUUUAUCUCAUGUCCUUUUAUGGUCAAUGACGUAGCACACAUUGAAAGCGUCCUUUAAAAAUGCCUACGAACUCACGAGCCUCGGUUACAGCGUCGGGCAACUGAGGGGUGCGAAUUAUUAAUGAGAUCAGCGAGCAGUUCAUCAUAUUGAAGACAACAUAAUAAAUCGAGACAUCAGUUUUGGUUGUUUCUAUGUCCUAAAUUAUAAUGCCUGGGUAACCCCUGGAGUGGGUUUUUUUUUUUUGUUUGUUUGUUUGUUUUUUUAUAAAGGCAGUGGGUUUUUAAUUGAGCAACUUUGCAGUGUGUUAAAAUGACAGCUAACAGUGUGGAUAAAGUCGCUGAAACGCUGACUGAUCUGAUCCGCUCCAUUGCACCGGAUGCGUGUCCUAUGGAUGAGAUCGCAGACAUACCGAGCGGCUUUCCGCAUGUAAACGUAGGAAGCGAGGCAUCAGCAGGUGGUCUUGGCACGGACAGUUUCUCCAAAGUAAAGCGCUUUGGUGACUUUAUAGACCCGAACAGCACUAAGAGUCCUCCUGUCUCCUACACGGGUAAAAUCUCCAUCGGCGCUCAGAGCGCACACGGCAGCUGGAACCCGGACAGCUUGAUCAACUUUGUCUGCACUGAAGUCCAAAACGCGACACCUGCUCUCGCAUCCCCUUUCCCUACCUCCUCUCCAGGACCUACUGACCUUUCAGUCACGCCACCUUGUGCCAAAGCCCACGAGAAGGAUAUGGAGCACAUGUACACAUCGGCUCCAGCUUACACUUGUAGUGCGGAUGCCUACCAGGACCCCUCCACUUACCUGUCCACCAGCACAUGCCCGUUAACCUACCCGUCAGCUUCUUACACAUCCCCAAAGUCCACUAUAGACGGUGCGCUUUUUUCCAUCAUACCUGAAUACGGAGGAUUUUACCAGAGCCCCAGCCAGCGAGACACGCCCGUGUUCCAGGACCGAAAACCCUUUUCCUGCUCUCUGGACUCCGUUAGAGUUCCUCCUCCUCCCCUCACUCCACUGAGCAUGAUACGAAAUUUUACUCUCUCGUGUCCCGUGGAUGGACUGAGGCCACCCACGGAGUCUAACCCUCAGAGUGUCCCGUUGCGACCCAUACUGCGACCGAGGAAGUACCCGACCCGGCCGUGCAAGACCCCGGUCCAUGAGCGGCCGUACCCGUGUCCAGCUGAGGGCUGCGACCGCCGGUUCUCGCGCUCCGACGAGCUCACGCGCCACGUGCGCAUCCACACCGGCCACAAGCCGUUUCAGUGCCGCAUCUGCAUGCGCAGCUUCAGCCGCAGCGACCAUCUGACCACGCACAUCCGCACGCACACGGGCGAAAAACCAUUCUCAUGCGACUUCUGCGGCCGGAAGUUCGCCCGAAGCGACGAGCGAAGGAGGCACGCGAAAAUCCACCAGAGACAGAGAGAGAAAAGGGCGAGCGCUCCUCCUGCCCCGACAUCAGCAGCUCAGGGGGGCAUGUGAGAGAAAUUAACCAGAGACAACCUGGACAACCCUGCUGACCACGUGACCUGGAAAUGGCGAUGGAUAGAGGAAGUUGACCCACUUUUAGCCCCAGACAUCAUAUUGUUUUAAUACAUCCCAAAUACUACCUUACUUAACCAGGACAUGCAGAGUUCUUCAGUGGCAUGUGCUCAAAAAUAAUGGCAUCCACACCUUACCUCCCUUUAUUGGAGUAACCCUGUUCCGCAUAUUAUCAUGUCAUACUCAAAGUAAAAUCUGAUUUAAUAUGAUUAUCAAUAUUUUACAAUAAUAACUUGAGGCUGGUGUGGUACAGCAUGUACAAAAUGCUUACUCCAUGAAAAAAACGCUGAUCUCACCAAUCAGGACCACUGCAAAAAGGAACCUCAAUGUUAGCAAGUGAUGCUUAAAAAUGUUACCCUCAGAGACUGAAAUUGCACAGGGCCUAGAAAUUUGGAAUGGAAAUAAACAAAAUAUAAGUUGAAUAAUUAUAUUACAUUUAUAUUUUACUCCCACAUGUAACAAAUAUAAAUGUGGUUAGCAUCACAGUCUCUCUCUCUCAGCUUACUUCCAGGUAGGAAAACUGUUGACUCCCACUGUGGUCUCCUUGCUCUCUCAUUAUGGAAUAUAUUGUGAGUAAAUAACUAUUGAAUUGCCUUUUUUCAGUAGAGAUUAUUAAAUCUUUUCCAUAAAGUUAAAUUGAGGUAAGAGGCUGAACUUAAAUAAUAACAAUAAUAAUAAUGUUUUCUUGGCAGAUACAGUUUGGUGUGGGUUUUUUUAACCUAUAUCCAUUUUAGCUAACUACUUAUCUAAAACUUUUAUACACUAGGUUAUGGUUGCUUGAGGGAAAAAAUGCAGAGAUUGUUUUCAACAUCUUUUUGUUCAAGCCGUUUUGAUCAUUUCGUUGUUGUAAUUUGCCUAAAACACCUUCAACAUAUUUAUAUUGAAAUGGAGCACUCUUGCUAAAAAAAAAACAAAAAAAACAAGAAAGUCCCACCUUCUGCAUGUGCCUGGUAAGAAGUGGUAUAUAAACAAUAUGAAUUUGUGCAGUACUAUGGGAUAUCUGACCUGGCCUGUGUGUACAAAUCCAAGGCAGCUUUAUAUGAGUCUUAUGUAUGACACUGUUUAUGUUUUCCACGUGAUCAGGAACAAAUCGCUGCUGUUGCAAGUACGUUAUUUCGUAUGCUUUGUUUCCUUGAAGUCUACUGUUUUAAUGUUUAUAACUGAUGAUUUCUUUUGUGUAACAUUCACAGAUCACUUUAUACAAUCAACUGCUGCUUUUCGUAACUGGUGAAGUAACACUCACUUUACUACCUUACUGUGAUUUCUUUUUUUUUUUUUUUUGUGCUGAGUUUUGUGAAACUGGGCGAUUGCUGAGAACUUUGUUUGUUCCUAGUGUGCCCUCCUAAUAUUGUUUUGUACACAAACGAAGUGUGUCCAAAUCAUACUUGGAGGUGUGGAUCUGUAAAUAAUUAAAUUAAUACAAUGGAGAUUUGCUGUACAUGUGUUGUAAAUGGGCAAGGUUUGGGCAUUACACAGGCCCACCACUAGAGGGUAUCCUUUCACAUCUUUGGGUAAGACAAACGUGCAAGGUGUGGGUGAAUCCAAGAUCCCAUUUUUUUACCUUUACAUUUCAUAUUUGGAUUUUCUCCUGAUCCGAGUUUAACCACAUGUAUUUACACAGACAAAUGCAUUUCUGUCAGAUUGAAUUCUGCCUUCAUGAAUUAAUAUGCAGCUCAGAGCAUUACAUUAAAACACUAACUUACACUGUUCUUCAAUUUUAUUUAGUUUUGUUUCAAGGUCAUGUAGGCCUCUUUCAUAGCUUUUCAGAUUUUACUAGUUCUAAUCAUCAUGAGCAUUCAUGGAACAAGUGCAUCAAAUUAAUGUACACAGGUAAAAACAUGGCCACCUAUUUCAAUGAUCAGAUAUAAAUAUUUAGAAUGCAUCUUGGGUGAAUUAACACUUUCAUGUGUAUAAUUUCUACCUGGAUGUUAUCCUGUACUAAGACACACGAGAAGAUGUGUGUGAGAGAGAAAGAUUUUUUUUUCUAGAAUAAGCCAGGCGUACUUUAAUGAAACGAGAUAUUUAUUGUUUAAAAUUGCCCCAAAUUGUUGAUUCCUCAACACAACACUACAAUGAAUCAUUUACAAAACAGUUCAAGCUUCAGUCAUGCAAUUAACUGUGUAAGUGCCUAAAAAAACUCAUUGCGUUAUGUCAGGUAUUCUUUAGCAGUGGUUCUGAAAUCCACUUGCUUCACACAGUUGUCCUUUACCUUUAGGUCAUUACCCAAAAGUUGAAACAAGUACCAGGAUGUUGUGCUCUCUCUGUGUGUGUGUGUGUGUGUGUGUGUGUGUGUGUGUGUACAAAUAAAUCUGGCUGUAAGUGUUUGUGUCACUGUUUACUGUCAGGUUACCAAAAACAGAUGAACAAGUUGUAAGCAGUCUAUUAUGUUUGUAAGUGGGAAAUACAAGAUGCCUUUCGAAAUAAAAAAGCAUGGUCAAAA